GAGAAAGGGCGAAAAAUUUAUCAGGCUGACUUGUUGUGAUUGCCUUUGUUUGCGGAUAUCUGACGGUUGCUGGUGGACACAAAGUGUGCCUGAUUUCGGUGGAUUUAAUCAUGCAUUUCCCAACAAAAACAGAUAUUUUGCGGGCUUAUUCUGUGGCCGUGCUGCUGAAUUAUUGCUGGGAAGCGGUGUCUGGACAGCUCUCGUACUCUGUAUCGGAGGAGGAAAAUACUGGGACAUCUGUUGGAAAUAUUGCCAAAGAUCUAAAUCUCAAUGUACAGGAUUUAGAGUCUCGUAGGUUUCAGAUUGUUAGUGGAUCACAGAAGAAGUAUUUCGAUGUGAAUUUAAAAACUGGUGUUCUUUAUGUCAGCGAAAGAAUCGACCGCGAGGAGCUUUGUGGAAGGGCUUCAAAAUGUACUGUCAAUGUAGAGGCGGUGAUCAACGACCCGCUGAAGCUUUAUCGCUUAGAGAUAAAUAUAAAAGACAUAAACGACAACGCACCAGUUUUCUCUGAGAAGCUGCAGUCGCUUGAUGUUCCAGAAAAUACUUUACCGGGAGUCAAAUUUGGACUGAUAGAGGCAUCAGAUUUGGAUGUCGGUAAAAACGGUGUUAAUACAUAUAAACUUAGUAAUAACGAUUAUUUUACAUUAGAUAUUCAUAAAGGAGAAGACAGCGUGUCUGCUGAGUUAGUACUGCAGAAAUCGUUAGACAGAGAGCAGGAUUCUGUUAUAAAACUCACACUGACUGCAGUAGACGGAGGAAACCCACCCAAGUCAGGGACAUCGCUUAUUAUCAUUUCCGUGAUGGAUACUAAUGACAACCAUCCCGUGUUCAGUAAGUCUUUGUACAAAAUUAAAAUUCCUGAAAACUUGUCCAGUGGGUCGACGGUGAUUACGCUGAAUGCAACAGACACAGAUGAGGGUUCAAACAGUGAAAUUGAAUAUUCUUUGAGAAAAAAAGGCCAAGAUCAUAUUUUAGAUUUAUUUGAAAUUAAUUCAAAAACGGGAGUGAUUUCAGUUAAGGGUAAAGUCGAUUAUGAAGAAAAUCGUGCAUUUGAGAUCCAUGCGGAGGCAAGUGACAAAGGUCAGCCUCCGAUGUCUGCUCAUUGCAAAGUGUUGGUAGAAGUGCUAGAUCUAAAUGACAACGCUCCUGAGAUCACGGUAACGUCA